UGUUUUUCCCCAUUGUUCUCAUUCCCCUUAUAAUUUGAGCUGGCUAAGAUUAUAUUUUUAUUUUUUUCUUUCUCAGCCAAUCAGGAUGUUUCACAGUACUGAGCAUGGCCAGCCUUGACAGCUUCUGAUCUUGUCCCUUGGUAGACAUGCCUUGUAUUGUUCUUAUUGAUUUUUACUUCAAUAAUUGAUGGUCUGUGGAAAUGGGACGGAAGCUUGAGAGCUGGAUGCUUUCCCACUCUAGAGUGACGGAGUAGGAGAGGGUUGGCAGAUUGGGACUUAACCGAAGUUUGAAUGGUAGGCUAUUAAUGGCAGAGAAGACAGAUGGAAGGGCAGGGAUCCUUAAUCAGAGGGCCCAGGUUAUCGAGAAAUGGCAACUAUGCCAGAAGCACAUCAUCUUGGUCUGCUAUGUGCCACUCACCACUGGAGAAAAUCAUGAAAAGGACGGAAGAGGCAAAAAGCUUCUUUAGAAAAGGUCUCAAAAGACAUGCCUCAAUGCUGGUUUCAUCCUCAGGUAAAGAGGAACGGAGAGACUCAGGAUUCCUGGCAGGUUGGCCACACUGGCACGAAUACAGUCGAAACAGACAAGAAAGAUGCUCCAGCUUAGAAGCAAUGGCAUCAGAUGACGCGGAGGACUCAGAACUUGUUUGUGUGGCUGAGGAGAGCCCAGUGGGAAAGGAGUCUGUCUCCCUUGCAGUGGGAGAAGGAUUUAUCACUGAAAUCCUCUUGUCUUUCUCCAUCCUGCAACGUUCGACCCAGGGUCCAAAUGUCCAUUUGCAGGAGGUGGCAAGGAAGACACUUUGGGCCCUGGAAAAUGACAACAAGGAUACAUCUAUGCUAUUUAAGGAGCUGUCUGCUCGACUGGUUUCUAUCCAAGCGAACAAGGACCUUUUCCUUAUUACUUUCAAAACCGUGGAAGAGAUCUGGAAAUUUACAACCUAUCUGUCAUUAGGGUUUGUGGCUUGCAGCCUGGAACACCUCCUUUUUGAUGAGAGUUACUGGCUAAACUCGGCUUUAGUGGAAGAUACAGAAAUCCAUGUCUCUGUAAAUCAGGAUCAACUGGCGACACUUUAUCUGGGCCUACUCUUACAAGAAGGAAACUUCUAUGCCAAAUCAGUAAUCAGUAGUGGAGGUGGUACUGAGUUGGAUGAUGGCAAUUCAGAAUUUCUAGAAGUCCAUCUCAAUGAUGUGGUUCAUAUAAAGGAUAUUGGAGAUGAAUCAGCAUGGGAAGGCCUGUCAUUAACCAGCGGAGAAAGAGGUUUGUUGCCCAUUGAAGCCGUGGAGCCACUGUCACAUCCCUUCUACCAAUGGUUCUUGAAGACGUACCCAGUAUCCUGUAACAUCAUGGAGCCCGACUGCUUGCUUGGAACUUCUCAACCAAUUGGAGAAGGCGUUUGUAUUGCCACAGAAGACCACGUGGCCUCAGGAUGGGAUGAGCUCAGCUACUGCACUGGAGACACCAUUGAAGUUGUAGGCUUUCUUAUACCAGGACUGAAGUGGUUUGUGGGAAGAUGCCCCUCAAAUGGAGUAAUGGGAUUUGUCAGAACUAAACACGUGGACACAAGUUGUUUGAAAGCCUUGGAUAAGGACUUGCUCUUUUUAAGUGAAGAGGAGAGAUCACUUCUUAAUGUCUUUGAUGAUGACACUCAGAAAGGCUGCAUGGAUCUACUUAACAGCCUCUGCCAGACAGAUAUCAGCUCAGUAUACAGACUAGAUGGUAUGGAACCUAUGGGCAUAUAUAUGAAAACUUCCUCUGUUAUAAAUGAGGAUUUGGGUGAAAUUCAGAUAACUGACAACUGGGAGGAAUGCGAAGCUGUAAGUGACUCAUCCAAAGGCAGCACAUCAGAGAAAUCAAGUCCCGACUCUGACUGGAAAGGUGGAGUGGAGGGAUUCCAUAUUCAAGCACAGGAAGACAUAGAUGAUCCAAAGUUCUUUGUGGAUUUAAACACUGGGGAGGUGGAUGAUUCUGAAGUCUUUGAACCUGUUUUAACAUUCCUCAACAAAGAGGGUUACCAAGUCUACUUCCAGCCCUUAUAUGACUUGCCUAUGUCAUUUUUAAGCACCACAUUUUAUGGAUUUUCUGAGGAAGAAGAUUUGGUUUUCUACCUUGAAACAUCUCGUAACUGGGCUAAAAAGAGUCAGAUGACUUGGUCUCACAUACGGUGUUGCUUUCUUCUGGGACGGAUUUGUGCCAAAAGAAUGAAGCUAUCCCAGGCCAGGGUUUAUUUUGAAGAAGCAUUAAGUGCUACAAAGCAGGGAUUUCUUGAUUUACACCUGUUGACUGCUUUAUAUGCUAACCUCUCAGCUAUUUACUUGAAGCAGAAUAUGAAACCUAAACAGGACCUGUUGGUAGAGAAGGCAGCAAGCCUCCUAGUGUGCUUGCCCCAUCACAAUUUUAGCUCAGAAAUAGAGUUUGAGGUGUUAAAAUACAUUUUAAGAAAAUCCAUAGUCGUUAAUAAUGUCUCAUUUGAAGCCAGGACUUGUUUUCUCAUUUUCAGGCUGCUGCAGCAGCUGGGAAGAUAUGAUGAAGCAUUGCCAUUUGUGGAACGACUGCAGUUUCUUCUCAUUGCUCCAUGUCCUCAGACAGUAAAUCCCACAUUAGGUGUGAUGCCAAUUUUAAGUUACUUCUAUGACAAAAAAUAUCUUCCACAUGUUGCUUUGGCAUCAUCCAAACUGUGCAAGACUGUGGGCAUGAAAAUAAUGCCAUCACCAAUGUGGAGAGCUGGGAUUGUUAUACAAAAUAUUUCUAAGAUCACAGAGGGGUCUUUAAACAAGAACUACAUUCCUGCACAAGCUGCUCCUUACUUGAAACAUGCACUUUCAUGCUCCUAUGAGAGUGGAGAUGUGAAAGCUCAAAGAACAUUAUGCCUUAUUUUAUCUAAAUUAUACCUCCAAUAUAAACUCUUUUCUGGUGCUAUUUCUUAUUCCAAAAGGGCUGUUGAAUUAGGCAGAUGGACCAGUGAUGAGGAGGCAUUUGAAUCUUCUGUCUUUUUGGGAUGGAUGUAUGUACUGGAUGGCCAUUAUGAACAAGCUUGUAAGAUUCUGAUGUUGCUGCUAGACUCAAUGCAGGAAACAGACAGUACCACCCAGUGUGGCGUUGUCCAUAACCUUCUUGCCAAUGCCAAAAAGAUGGAUAAUAAUGUAAUUGAAUCAUCAAGAGGGUAUACCCAAGCUCUAAAAAUGGCCACUGAAACAGGGAACAGACGAAACCAAGCAAUCGUCAUGGCUAAUUUUGGGAGACUGGCUCUUUCUUGUCAAGCUGUGGUUAUGGCAGAGAGAUACUUUCUUCAGUCUGUCCAUUUGUAUAUGGAAGUACAGGGCAGUGAUGAGGCUGAACAGGAACUGGUACAGGUUUUGCAUUGGCUAGGACAAUUAUUCAUUCAACAAAGAAUCCUUGAAAAUGGCAUACUAUGCUAUGAGCUGGCCUUGAUGUUUGCCUUGAAGUCUAACAACCUUAAAAGCCAGCUGAGUAUCACUGAGGAAUUGUGCAAUUUCUACAGCAUAGUGUGCCCUGUCACUGCAACCCAUAUCAUAUACUGUGAACACUGGAUCUACCUAGUGCAGCUACUGAAGGACAAGAAAAAGGAAGGAGAAUUGCUAAGCACCCUAAGCCAGUUAUACCAGACCCUGAAUACUGCCAAGUCUUUUCGGAAAGCCCUGGAUUACACCAAGCAAAGUUUACGGAUUUCCAUUGAUCUGGGUCAGCGUGACCAAGCUGCUGAGAGCUGGCUUCAAGCAGGAAGAUUGUACUAUCUGUUGGGAGAGCAAGAACUAGUGGAGAUUUAUUUGCAUGCUGCUAUACAGGCAUCCCAGAAUGCACAGGACAUUACCACUACACAGAGGUUGUAUGAAGCAGCUGGAGAUGUGUUCUUUCAUGGAGUUCAGAGGAGAGAAAGAGCAAUGUAUUUUUAUAAGGAAGGUGCUCUCCCAUUAGCAAAGAAAGUCCAGGACCUUGAAGCACAACUUCGUCUUUAUCACAAGCUCACACAACUACUUGUAAGCCAAGGCUACUACAAGAAGUCAGUGGAAUAUGCCACUUUGGCAGUCCGGCUCAGUGCCAGUAUUGAGAAUCCGCUAGAUGAGCUGGUUGCUUUCCAUCGCUUGGCCGGAGUAUACUAUUCCCAAAGGAUUUAUGAGAUUGCUGAGUACUGUUACCUCAAAGCCCUGUCAUUAUGCCCUUCUCCUAUGCAGCAUGAUACAGAGACUGGCUAUUACCUUAAGAUUUACUGGCGGCUGGGCAAUAUUGCUCUGCUUAAAAGAAAGGAUGCAGGGGAUGCUGCUACAUACUUCCACCUUGCCCUGGCAGCUGCUAUUGGCAUUGAGAAUGAAGAGUUUCAGCUGGUGCUAAGUAACAAACUUAUGGACAUAUAUGGAAAAUUUCUACUGGAUGAGGAGCAGGCUGACAUUUUCAGGAAGCUCAUUGUUCAGCUUAGUCAUAUUAGUCACUGUUAGUCCAUCUCAAUGUGCACAAAUCAGGCAGGUUCUGGCCAUGGACAGAGCAUUAUAUACUUCCCAGAGAGUUACAGACCAAGGUUGUUUGAGGCACAAAUAAUAUAACCUCCUACAGUAAAGACCUUUGCACUUGCCAAUAUGAGCCAGUGAAUAAGCAUUGCACCUGUGUAUGGUUGCCUGUUGUGCUAUCUUUUUAGGAUGUACAGAACUUUGCACUGAUUGUAGCAUCUUCAUUUUUUUUUAACUGAAGGGAAAUGUUCUGCACCAUGGCUUCAUAUUUUUAUGUAAAUCUAAACAUAGAAACAUAGAAUUCGACAGCAGAGAAGAAUCAGUCAUCCAUUUAAUAAAAAUAAGAAUCUCUUAGGACAUGCCCCAAACAAUCCUUAGCAACGCCAGGCCUACAGUAUAUUUGUAUUCAGGGCUCAUAUACUAGCAUAAACUAUUCAGUAACCUGAAGCAGCCAAUCAUAAGGCUAGUUUCAUUAUUCUUUGGAAGUUGACUGACCUACACUAACUGCUUGGUUGCUGUAUGUUACUGCAUUGGUGUAGAUUUGGCCACUGUUCGUUAAUGAGCCAUUUCAGCCAAUAUGCCACUGAUUCAUUCCUUAAAGGGGACCUGUAACCCUAAGAAAUAAUUCCAAAUGUAUUUCUAUAAUUUUAAUUGCACAAAACUAAACUUACACUUACACUGUAUAAAUAAUAAAAAUCUUGUUUUAAGUCUUGGCAUUACACAAUCACAACAAGCAGGCAGGCGCC